AUGACAACAAAUGUUCAACAAAGUAAAAUUUUCGAAACAUUUUCAUUCAUAUGGCUUAAUACACUAAUUAAUGAUUCAAGCGAAUGCAUUAAAAUACAAGAAUGUUUACGAACAUUUAUUCAUGAUUUCAAAACAUUUCAAAAUAAUGAUAAAUGUAUUCAAUAUAUUGAAUCAUUACCAAACGAUCGUUUUGUAUUAAUUAUUAAUGAUCGUCUAGGAAAAAAAGUUAUUUCAAAUGCGCAUAGUUUACGACAAGUUUAUUCAAUAUAUAUUUAUAGUUCAGAUAACGUAACAAAUAAACGUUGGAUUAAGCGCUAUCCAAAAAUUAGAAGUUUUAUUGUUAAAUUCGAUGAAUUAGUAUCACAAAUACGUUCUUAUCACGAACAAUCAAGUCAAAUAAAAAUUAAUGAACCAUUCUCAAUAAAAUUUUUUUGUAAAAAUAGUGAAAAUAAUGAAUUGAAUGAUAAUUUUAUUUAUUCAAAAUUAUUAAAUGAUUAUCUUGUACAGAUUAAACCAAUAUCAAAUCGUCAGAAUGAAUUAAUAUCAUUAUGUAAAGAUGAAUAUAAAGAAAAUGAAAAUGAAUUAAAUAUUAUACGCGAAUUUGAAAAUAAUUAUUCAUCUAAUCAAGCAUUAGGGUGGUAUACAAGAGACGUAUUUGUUUAUCAUUUAUUAAAUAAAGCCGUUCGUACACAAAAUAUUGAUUUAUUAUUAAUAUUUCAAUUUUUUAUACAUGAUAUUCAACGAUUUAUAGAAGAAAAUAAAUCUACAAAAUCUCUAUAUGUUUAUAGAAGUUAUCUAAUGUCAAAUGAUGAAAUUCAAUUAUUUAAAAAUUCUAUAGGAGAAUUUAUAUUAAUAAAUGAAUUUUUUCUAACAAAUCUUCAUCGACAACAAGCAUUAUCUUAUUUAUAUAAUAAUAAUAAUAUAACGAAUAAUUAUGAAAAAGUUCUAUUUGAAAUUUCUGCUGAUGGACAUAUUAAUUCAAAUAAGUCUUAUUGCAAUAUAACUUCAUUUAAUAAUUAUUCAAAUGAAGAAAAAAUACUUUUUACAUUAGGAUCAAUAUUUCGUCUAGUUAAUAUUCAACAACAAGAUCAUGAAAAAAUUAAACUAUGGAUUAUUCGAAUGAAAUUAUCAAAUGAUAAGCAUAAACGACUUAAAAUUUUAUUUGACAAUAUAAAAUAUCAAUAUAAUAUGGAGCAAAUGAAUUUUCUUUCAUUGGGAAAAAUUUCAAGAAAAAUGAGUAAAUUUCAUGAUGCCGAAAAAUUCUAUCGACGUUUAUUAAAAGAAUUACCAUAUGAUCAUUCAAAUAUAGUUGAUUGCUAUUAUAAUUUAGGAAUUAUUAUGGAUGAAAAAGGAGAUUAUCAAUCAAGUUUAGAAUGGCAUGAAAAAUCAAUUAAAAUUAAAAAACAAACAUUAAAAAUGAAUAAUCCAAGUAUCGGCUAUAGUUACAAUAGUAUAGCUAAUGUCUAUCAAAAAAAAGGUGAUUAUAAACGAGCAUUAGAAUAUUAUAAUAAAACCUUAAGUAUAUGGGAAAAUGUUUUUGGUGAAAAUCAUCCUGAUAUUGCUAUGUGUUUAAAUAAUAUGGGUUGUGUAUAUGAAAAUGAAAAGAAAUAUUCAGAAGCACUUGAAUGUCAUCAAAAAGCUUUAGCAAUAAAAAAUUUUCAUUUACCUAAUAAUCAUCUUAAUUUAAGUGCAACACAUAACAAUCUUGCUACUGUUUAUGGUUGUAUUGGUCAAUUAGAUUUGGCAUUAGAACAUUUUAAUUUAUCAUUAAAAAUUAAAUUAAAAUCUCUUCCAAUAAAUCAUCAGGAUAUAGCAUUGACAUAUAAAAAUAUUGGUCUUAUUUAUGAAAUGAAAGAUGAUUUUUCAAAAGCGAAAUUAUUUUAUGAAAAAGCAGCUAGUAUUCGUCGUCAUAUUUUUUCAUCAACACAUCGUGAUAUUAUUCAAAUUGAACAAGAUAUAAAACGAGUUUUGAUGAAAACUAAAUAA